AUGGCUACACACGUCUCGGAGCGCAUGCGGACGUUCAAGAAAGGGAUCGACGUGGACGAAAGCCGACGCCGACGUGACGACACAACGAUCCAAAUUCGUAAGAACCGACGGGAAGAGCGAGUGAAUCAGCGGCGACGAAUGAUUGCGACGGACCACAGCCAUGUCCCGAGGAUGGAGACUGCCGAGCAGAUGCCCACCACGUGUUGCGACUUGUCGGCCACUGGCGUCAGUGUCUCUGAUCUGCCCAAGAUUGCAGCAAUGAUUCAGUCACUGGACCCGAUGGAGAUUUCACACGCAGUGUCCAAGUUGCGACGGCUGUUGUCACUUGAGCACGAUCCGCCGAUUCAGCAGGUGAUCAACUUGGGCGUCGUGCCACUGCUUGUGGACUUUUUGAGACAGCACGACCGACCAGAGAUGCAGUUUGAGGCCGCGUGGGCGCUCACGAAUAUUGCCUCGGGCACGACAGAGCACACGGCGGAAGUGAUUCGAUGCGGCGCGGUUGAGCUGCUGUGUGGACUGCUUUUGUCGCCGAACGAAGACGUCUGCGAACAGGCCGUGUGGGCAUUGGGGAAUAUUUCGGGUGACUCCCCGCAUUGUCGCGACUUGGUGAUUAAUGCAGGUGCGAUGAUGCCGUUACUGGCGGUAUUGCGAAGGUCAUCUGGAAAGCCGACAAUUUUGCGAAAUGCGGCGUGGACUUUGUCGAACUUUUGUCGGGGUAAGCCCCGACCAGAGUUUGCCCUGAUAAGUCCUGCGCUGCAGUUGCUUCCGCAUUUGAUUCAUUCUCCGGACACAGAGGUCGUUGCGGAUGCUUGCUGGACGCUGUCAUACUUCUCAGACGGCACGACCGAGACGAUUCAGGCCGUUAUUGACGCUGGUGUAUGCCGUCGUGUAGUGGACCUGAUGGGCCACACAAAGACUUCCAUUCAGACACCAGCACUACGCACAAUCGGGAAUAUCGUGACAGGCAAUGAACGACAGACGCAGUUGAUGCUGGAUAUGGUCGUCUUGCCGCGUCUAGUACAGCUGCUAAAGCACGAAAAGAAGCUCAUCCGCAAAGAAGCGUGCUGGGCAAUAUCAAAUAUCACUGCUGGAUCGCCAAGUCAGAUUCAGGAAGUGAUUGAUGCCAACGUGAUUCCACCGCUGUUGUUUCAGCUGACGUCCGUAGAGCUGGAUGUCCGAAAAGAAGCCGCAUGGGCUAUUUCGAACGCCACAUCUGGCGGGACGGCAAAGCAGAUUCAAUAUUUAGUACAGCAAGGCUGUAUCCCGCCGUUAGUGAAGCUUCUGGGCGUGCAAGAUCCGCGUGUGGUGAACGUGUCCUUGGACGCUCUGGAAAAUAUCCUUCGGGCAGGUGAGGCAGACAUGUCUGUGGCUGACACUGAAAACCGCAUGGCCCGAUACAUUGAGGAAGCAGAUGGCAUCGAGUUGAUCCAGAAUCUGCAAUUCCACCAAGAAGAAGACAUUUACGAAAAGUCCGUGCGUAUCAUUCGCGACUAUUUCGAUGGCGAAGAUGAGGAAGAUUUCGACAUUGCGCCUGAUUUGGAUUAUAGUUCCCACCGAUAUACGUUCGGAGUAAGUGGAGAAGCUGCAAGCACAUCCGCAGAUGGUGACAGCUUACGAUUCAGCUUCUAG